CUUUAUCAAUUUAAUAUCAAUCACAAAAUUCUACUUUUUCAUAAAAAUUACACCACACCUCUUGAGGUAGUAACACUUUUCUCAAAUCCGAUUAAUGGAGACAAGCUAAGAAAGAAGCCCAUAGUCUAUCUUGAAGCCCACAAAAGUGAAGUUUUCAUUGGAUUUGAAGUCCGCCUGAGCGAUUCUUCAUUCUUCCAUAGUUCCAUGGAGGACAAACACAAUUAAAGAAACAGAUGGGAAGAGGAAGUGCAAAGGUACAACUUUAACUGCUCCCCUGAAACAUCCCUUUCUGCUCUCUACACACUAAAGCCAUAGCGAACAUUUCCUGAAUUUGUACAUUGUUUAUUCACAAUUGACAAAACCUGAAACACAAAAUGCAGUUAAGACCCCACCCACCCUUCUCACUGAUCAAAUUUGGCUCUCCCUCCCCAAGAGCCACCCCCACUCUAUCAACUGCGCCCAUCCUUACCGCUGUCCUUUUCUUCACUACAUAUGACAGUAUGUUUCAUAAUUGGGAGAAGAUUGACAAUUUCUUGAUAUGCAUUAUUUGCUUUGAUUUAGGCUUUAGACUGACAAGGUUUGGACAAUGCUAUCCGUGCUUUGCCAUAAUGCUCCAAAUGCAAAUAAAUGUCUUACCUUUUCAAGUAAUGGGACCUUCUUUCAUUGGAAAAUUGUAACUUCUAUUAAGUUAUCAUGAAUGUUUGAAGUAAUGGCAUAUUUUUGGUGAAUUCUAGAACCCAAUUCAUCCAAUUCUUAUUUUCCCCGCUGGUUUAAUUGGAAGAACAGCUUAGGGAAUGCAGGCACAAUGUACUGUCUGUUUGAUAUUAUUAUUGUUUGUAGUUGAAUUGGUUAUUGGGAGAUCAGAUUUAGAAACCCUUUUGGAGGUCAAGAAAGGGUUUAAGGAAGACCCUUCAGGGAAAGUCCUUAUUUCUUGGGAUUCCAAGUCUUUGGCAGCAGAUGGAUGUCCCCGGAACUGGUAUGGGGUCACCUGCAGUGAGGGUCAUGUUACUUCAAUAGUACUUAAUGGUGUUGGUUUAAUUGGAAUGUUGGAUUUUCCCGCCAUUAGCAGUCUCAAGAUGCUACGAAAUCUAUCAGUAUCUGACAACCAAUUGAGAGGUAAUGUCACAGUGGAGGUUGGUUUUAUUGAAUCAUUGGAAAAUUUGGAUCUUUCUCACAAUAUGUUUAGCGGGUCAAUACCCUUGGAAUUAACCGAUUUAAAGAACCUUGUAUCACUCAACUUGUCCAUGAAUGACAUGGAAGGAGAUAUUCCUUUUGGGGUUGGUAGUCUUGAGCAGUUGCGUUAUUUGGAUUUGCAUUCGAAUGCCUUUUUGGGUAAUGUGACGGCCCUGUUAGCUCAAUUGGGUGGUGUGCUUUUUGUAGACAUAAGUGGAAACAAGCUGUUUGGAUCAUUAGACUUGGAAGCCAGGAAAGGGUAUUCCAGCUUUGUGUCUAAGGUGAAGUAUUUUAAUAUUAGCCACAACAACAUGAGUGGAGAGCUCUUCCCUCACGGUGGGAUGGCAUCCUUCGGCAGCUUAGAGGUUUUUGAUGCCAGUUAUAAUAUGUUUGCGGGCAACCUCCCGUCCUUUAACUUUGCAGCCUCUCUUCAAAUUCUUAGACUCGGAAACAAUAAGCUUUCAGGAUCACCACCCCAAGGUCUUCUGCAACAGAGUUCAAUGAUCUUGUCUGAGUUGGAUGUAAGCCAUAAUGAGCUUGAAGGCUCAUUAGGAAACAUCAAUGCUGAAAAUCUCAAGCUUCUUAAUUUGUCUUCCAACAAGCUUUCGGGCCCGUUGCCUGGCAGCGUAGGGCGUUGUGAAGUUUUAGAUUUGAGCAAUAAUAUGUUUUCUGGAAAUGUGUCCAGAAUCCAAAGUUGGGGAAAUAAUAUUGAAGUUAUUAUACUGAGUUCCAACCUUUUAGUUGGAUCCUUGCCAAACGAAACCUCUCAGUUCUUGAGGCUUUCUUCACUAAAAAUCUCUAACAACUCAUUAGACGGUCUACUACCAGCCAGUUUAUGUACAUACCCAGAACUAAAAGUUAUUGACUUAAGCAUAAACCUUUUAAACGGUUUCCUCCUUCCCUGCCUAUUUAAUUCCACAAGAUUGAGUUAUAUCCACUUGUCUUCCAACACUUUUAAAGGUACAAUACCUAUAGAAGCAAUGACCCUUCAGAACCCUGCCCUUAUAACUCUUGAUCUGUCUAAAAAUGCACUUUCUGGGCAUUUAUCUCUCGACUUAAUUCGGUUUAGGAACUUAGAAAGUCUCGACCUUUCUAACAACAAUUUCGAAGGUGACAUUCCUACAAACCUUUCUGACACAUUGAAAUAUAUCAAUGUUUCUUGUAACAAUUUCUCUGGACCUGUUCCCCAAAAUCUAUUGAGGUUUCCUAACUCAGCAUUUCAUCCGGGAAAUUCUUUACUCGUGUUCCCACAUGAAGAAGUUAAACUGAAUGGUACUUCAUACCUGAGCUCAGCAAGACGGGGUCCGCGCUUGAAAUUUGCAGUCAUAGCAGCUGUUGUUGCAGGUCUAGUUGGCACCUCCUCUAUAGUUGCUUUGCUGAUGUACAUGGUCAUUUGCAAAACCCAUCAAGUAGAUGGUGGGAUGGAGAACUGCGCUAAAGGAUCGACAUUGUCAGCUGGACCCACAAGUGAUCUCAGUGUCCGGGGCUUGCCAGCUCAAACAAGAAAAAUUGAAGCGGUUUCUUCUUCUAUAUCACCUACGAGGAUACAAUAUCCAUCAAAAAGCCCAAAACCUCUAAAAGUUUCUUCCCCUGAUAAAAUAGCGGGAUCAUUACAUUUGUUUGAUUGCGCCUCAAAAUUCAAUGCAGAUGACUUGUCUUGUGCUCCUGCACAAGCUAUGGGAACAAGUUGUCAUGGUACAUUAUAUAAGGCUGUGCUUGAAUCAGGCCAUGCGUUGGCCGUCAAGUGGUUAAAAGAAGGGAUACUGAAAAACAGCAAGGACUUUGCAAGGGAAGUAAAGAAACUGGGAAACAUUAGGCAUCCCAACAUAGUAUCCUUUAUCGGCUACUACUGGGGCCCUAAGGAUCAUGAGCGGUUGAUCCUAUCAAAUUAUGUUGACUCGCCGUGUUUGGCUCUCUACCUUCAUCACAAAAACCCAAGAACGCAAAAUGCCUUGUCACUUACGGAUCGGCUCAAGAUUGCUGUAGAUGUUGCCAGGUGUCUAUGUUACCUUCACCAUGAAAUCGCCAUACCUCACGGAAACCUAAAAUCCACGAAUGUCUUGGUUGGAACAUCAACCGCCAAUACACUCCUCACAGACUAUAGCCUCCACAGGAUAAUGACCUCAGCAGGGACAUCUGAGCAGAUACUAACUGCUGCUGCACUGGGCUACCGGCCACCUGAGUUUGCAAGCACGAGUAAACCUUGCCCGUCAUUAAAGAGUGAUGUGUAUGCUUUUGGAGUCAUCUUGUUGGAGCUGUUGACUGGUAAAAGCGCUUCUGGCAUUGUUCCUGGGAUGGUGGACUUAACAGAAUGGGUGAGAUCGUUGGCUGCCCUGAACAGAUCACUCGAGUGCUUUGAUCCAUUUGUGGUGGCAAUGAGGAGUGCGGAUCAUGUGCAUGUGGUUCUUGAUGCCAUGCUGCAUGUUGCUCUUAGUUGCAUCCUGCCUGCAGAUGAACGUCCUGAUAUGAGGGUGAUCUUUGAGGAGCUUUCAUCAUUAUCAGUUGAAGACACCACACUACAGACAGUUAAGUAGGGAUGGAACAGCCGAACAGGUCUGGUUCCUGGUCCAACAUUUGUGCUACCUGUAACUGAGACUAGAAAAGAUAGGUCAACUCCGGUUUUUGUUCCAACUGUUCCCAUUCUGGUCCUAUAACUUCUAUUCCUCACAGGUUUUAGCCUCUUUCAAAAUAUUGAAACCUUAACUAGUUCAGGGGCUUAUUUUGCGGGAGCCUAAACCGGUUUUAGACCAGUUUGUUUCGUCUGGAUCCACUGCUAAAAAUAAACCAGAAGAUUUGACAGCAUUUUAUUUUUAAGGCAGUUUAGAGAUCCUUUGGAUUUCUAUUGUUCAUUAUACAUUCAAUUCAAGGUAAUAUAGAGAGUUUUUCCUUAAUUAUAAUUGAAAUGGAACACAUGAACAAGAAUGUGAUUGGAAUUACCAUCUGCAGCUAUAGACUCCCCCUCCCCCCUCCCCCUCCCCCUCCUCUAUUUUUCUGAGAUUUGACAUUGAUUUUUUUUUUCCUCCCAUUCUUCUGUUUUUAUGGGAUUUGAUAUUGAUUUUGCCAAAUUUUGAAAUUCAGAUUUGCUUUUCUGAUUUCUUAGUUUUUGAAAGAACUCAUAUUUUCCAAAUGUUUGAAUGAUGGUUUCAGAUUUUGUCAAAUUUAUAGCCGAAAUGUGUACAUUGACAAUCCUAUUAUGGUCAAAAUGCUUUGUGGAAAUCGGUUUUUCUGAUUUAUCAUUAGCUUCAUAUUUUAAAUUUUCGAUUGUGUGAAAGUUCUUAUUUCAUUAUUUUUUUUUAUUUUUUGAAUAUUUGGUUAUUGACUAUGUUUUGCCAAAUUUAUGACGAUUUUGUGUUAAGCUUCCAAGAUAAAUCUGCCAACUUUAUGGCUGAUAUGAAAAACCUUGUUCAUGCCAGAUUUGAAAUUACUCUUCAAGGUUAAAUCUGCCAACUUAAUAGCAGAUUUAUGGUGUAAGAGUUGUGACGGCGGCGACGGUGCACCGGAGACGGCGGAGGAUGGUGAUGACGGCAGAUUGCAGUGCUAGUUGGUUGAUGCCACCCGACGGCGAUAUAUGGUCGCACCAGCGAGAAAGCUGCUUAUGGUGGCGCCGGUGGGGGUGCGGCAACAGACCAUUCCGGUGAGAGCGGUGGCCAAUCAUUCCAGCAAUGGCGGUGGCAGGGAUGGUAGCGGCAGUCGUUCAACGAGUUUUGAAAAUUUUAGGGUUUCAACAAUUUUUUAUUUUGCAGUUUUAAUUAUAAAUUGAAAUAAAAUUUCAUUAAGGGCAUAUUUGUACAAGUUUUAAGUCCAAUCAAACAUAAUUUCAAAUGGAAGUCCUAUUUAAGGAAUAAUCUUCUAUUUUAGUCCCAUUUAGGAAUUUCACUCAUUAUUUUAUUAAUUUUAUUCAUUAAUUAUUAAAAAAUAUAAAUUUUAUUAAAGUAGAGCACGGGUAGGAUUGGAAAAUUACUCCUAUUAAUUUAAAAGUUAUACUCCUAUUCUAUCAAUUUAAUUUUCAUUUAGUCUUAUUUGGGGGGAUUUGUCCCAACCAUAACACAUGAAUUUGAUGCAUUUUUUAAAUCACAAGGGUUAAUGUGCUGCAUUUAUAUUUCAUAAAGAGGUUUGGUGCAUUAAACACAAUCAAAUCAUCCUUAUGGAUAGUUAUAUCAAUUUUAAUUAUUAAAAUUAAUAUAUUUGGAAACUAUAUUGGAACUUCAAUGAUGUUGCAAAAUUCAAAUUCAAAUGUAAUAAAAUAUUGAUAUGCUAAAUAAGAAAAUAAUGUGAAACUAUGUUGACAAAAAAAGUUGACUUUGUAAACCAUUUUGAGAUGGAAGGAAUAUAUAUUCCAAUAUCACUCAGCUAUGAAGAACUAGUUUUAUAUCCUCACUUAAAUGAGAGAAAAAUAGAGCGUCAUUGUUAUAUGACGUGGAUGGUUCCACGAUAUAAACACCAUUUCAACACCCCCACACCCCCUCUAUAUGAGUCAAUCUCACUCUUUCAAUCAAUCUCUCUCCUUCAGUCAAUAUCUAUCUUUCGGUCGAUCUCUCUUUUUCAGUCGAUAUCUCUCUUGGAAAAAGAUCCAGUGAGGGCAGAACCUUUAGACGCUUAUAAGGGGGGUAGGUCUUUUUCGAUCGGUAUCUCUCUUUAGAUUUAUCUCUCUUUCGGUCGAUCCCUCUCUCGAUCGAACUCCCUCUCUCAAUUGAUUGAUCAAAGUCUCUCUUUCUCUUAAUCGAUCGAUCAAUCACCCUCUAUAUCUCACUCGAUCGAUCACUCUCUCAAUUCAGUAGAGUGAGGCUACAUACUCUGAUCAUCAAGCUAUUCCGUGGAAUUUCCUGUCACAUACAUCAGGUCGUCGAAGUUUCAAACUCUACUUACCUAUCAGAGACUCUCCGAAGCCUUUAAUUUGUUUUUGUGCUUAGACUCAUUUGAAGGUAGCUUAACAAAAACCUCGUCCAGCUAUUUUUUAUUUGACUUUAAAUAUUUUUAUUGAUUAAUUUGUCAAUAGAUGAUUCUAAAUUGCUAAAUUUGUUUGUUUUGAAACACUUGAUCGAUUUGAAGUAUAAUUCAUAGGGUUUUUAAACUUUUAAUUUGUUAUCUGCAUUGAUUUUUCCUUUUUCAUUUUCUUAUGAUGUUAUCUCUUGAACUUUAAAUACGUGAAAAGUUAUAACAAAAAUUUGGACAAAAUGAUGAUCUAGAAUGCAAAAUAAAUGAAAAACAGAAAAAAUUGGAAAACAUAUGUUAUUUGGUUAAAUAAAAAUAGUGAAAUACGGAGUAUAAAACAUGAAACCAAACAUAACAAAUUAGAGAAAUAGAAAAACAGUAAGAAUUACUUACUUACAAUGGCUCACUCAUAAUACCUAAUAAAUAUCAUCUGAGUUUUAAGAAAUCCUGGACUUCUAUUCAAUUCAACCCUUUACCAUUUUGCAAAAAAUAUAUAUUAAAAAAGCGCAUGCUCUAAGUGCAUAUAUAUGCCUUUUGAAGCUGGAAAUGAUAUACAGUAAAUUAGGUUUAAUAAUGUCAUUAGCGAUUGGUCCGUGAUUUUGGAGUCAAAAUUAUCAGCCCUAUAACCCCUAUUAUUACAUGGUCAGACGUUCAUUUUACUCAAGAUUUUUAUUUAUUUUUUUGGAAAAAUUCAAGAAAUGAUCAUAAAAGUGAGGCUAGAGAAAAAACUUUAUCUAAAAAAGUUAAAUGAUGCAAUUUUCAUUAUUAAUGCUAAAAACUGCGGGAUUACAAAUCUUCUUCCAACAUGUCCAUGCAUCCGCUAUGUAUUCCCUCUAGAAAAUAUAACAUCAAUAAAACCAAUCUUCUUCCAAGAUUAUGUAUCCCCUCCCUUGACUCAUUCUCUUCGAUCUUACGGGAGGUUCAAUUAAUAUUUUAUUAUUUUUUAGUUUAAAUUAAAAAAAGAUACUUCAUUACCCGUGCUUUCUAGCUCAUUCACUAGUUCUUUAUGUUGUUAUUCCAACUUUACUAAUGUGUAAGAGCAGAAUAUUUUGGACCUAAAUUCCAUUAGUUAUUAAAUUUGGUUUUCAUUUUUGGGAUGUUAACAGGUUGGAAAGAUGAAUGUCAAUAAGAAGCAGCUCAAGAGGUCUUCUUCUUCUUCUAGGAAGAAAGACAAGGUGAAGGCUAAGGAGCCUAGGGUAAUUCGGAGGAAGUACAUGCGUGUGGAUGAGAAUUCAAGUGCAAUGAUGAGAGCAAAAGACAUUCAAGCAAACCUUGCACCAGACAUUCCAAGUCUAGUCAGGUUCAUGUUGCUUUCGUAUGUUACUGGUGGAUAUUGGAUGGGGCUGCCAAAAAAAUUCUGCACAACUCAUUUGCCAAAGCAGGAAGCUGUGGUUGUUUUGGUGGAUGAAGAUGAUAGAGAGUGGGAGAUAAACUACCUGUAUUACAGGUGCGGUCUGAGCGGAGGAUGGAGAGGCUUCUCUAUCUCCCACAAUUUAGUUGCUGGAGAUGUUUUAGUUUUUCAGCUUGUGCAGCCUUGCAAGUUUCAGGUGUACAUUGUCAGAGAAUUAGAUAUGGUCUCAACAGACAUUAACUCUGCAGCCAUUAGCCUAUUAAAUUUAAGUCACCAGCCAGCUUCAACUGAAAACCAGCGGGCGUGCUUGCUACUUACCAGGGAAGGGGAGAUUGAAGAUGGAGAUGAAAACAGUGGCGGUGGACUGAAACUUGCAGAAUCUGCUCCAGACUCUCAUCAGAUGAAAGACUUUGAGAGCUUCCACAUCUUCUCCAAUGGGUUAUUCAUUGAUUCUGAGAUCCCAAAAUGCGUGAGGGAGAAGUACUUUCAGCUCUGCUGCGCCCAAAACUUAUAUCUCCACCAACACCUGAUUCAAGGCCUCAACUGCAAGCUCAUUGCAGGCAUCAUCUCUGAGACCAUCAAUAUAGCAGAUGCCAUUAGAGCUUCGAGGCU